AUGUCAUUCAGCUUAAAGCAUCCAAGCAACGGUAUAGCCAAUCACCUCCGGGCCACGGCAGCGACAUUUACACCACUGGCCUCCCAGAGCAACGCGAAGUCUCCUCACAAUGGCGAACGGCAGAAUGAUAUCACCUGCAAGAGUUCAAGUUUUCUAUCCCCAUACGCUCAGGCAGAUGAAAUGCCAGGCAGCUCCAAUGUCAAAGUAAGCGUUGGAGCAGACGGAUCCGAUCUCAAAGUUGCAGAGCGCGAGACGAGGAUGAACUGCACCUUCUGCGCUUCCCUAGGCCAACGACUCCAGUGCUGCAAGGCUCUCACGCUCUCACAUCCCUGCCCUCACUGCGACGAGCUCAGCCAACUCUUCACCCGCAAAACCGAGGAACACAAAGACGAGAUAGCCACUCUGCACGACAAGCUACAGCGACUGGAAGAAGAGUCACCAGAACAAAAGUUCACGAGGCUAUGCGGCGAAAAGAACAAGAAGAUUGACGGACUGAAAGCCGAGGUAGAGAAGAUCAACAAGGAAGACGAGUCACUAAAGGCAGAGAAUAAGGAGUUGGAGAAGAAGCUAAAGAUGCUUGAGGUGGACAUCAAGAAGUUACAGCCACCUGCGGCGUUCACGGUCAAGGAGAAGAAGACGAAAGGGAAGAAGAAGUAG